CAGAGCUACUGAGAAGGCGGGUUGUCGAGGAGAACUCUCCCUCACGUUGCUACGGGGAAGUGAGGCUGGUGAAGCCAGUUCAGCAAGAACAGAUCGAAAGAGCACGCUGGAAAGAUCACAUUUUCACACUAGCGAAAUAUUUACGCUGUCAUUGUGACAUAUUCAAGGCAUCUUUGGUCAUUGAGAGUAAACAACACACCCUUUCUGUUUAGAAGUGGAUUUGAAGGGCCUAUCACUUCACAUUAUGGCUGAAGCAAAAGUUCUUGUUCUCGGUGGAUGUGGUUUUAUUGGGCGCAAUUUGGUUGCAUAUUUGAUAGAGAACAACCUGGCCAGCAUAGUUCGUGUAGCAGACAAAAUGCCACCCCAAACAGCAUGGCUCAAUAGCCACCAUAAGAAAAUCUUCGAAGACGAUCGAGUUCAAUUUCGUCAGGCCAAUCUUCUCAAUCCAAGUCACAUCGAGCGGGCGUUCGUGCUUGAAGAAGGUGUUUUUGACUAUGUUGUUAAUUGUGGCGUAGGUAUUAAAUAUGGCCAAGCUGAAGAGGUUUACAAGGAAGGCGUGUUACAGCUGGAAGUUAAUUGUGCAAAGAAGGCUGCAGAAUUGAAGGUAAAGAAAUAUAUAGAGAUUUCGUCAGGGCAGGUGUACUCAAGUGACAAGAAGGCAAGUGCCGAAAACUCCAAAGUGUCGCCAUGGACCCUUGUUGCUAAAUACAAAUACAAGGUUGAGGAAGAGCUGAAAAAAAUCGAAGGACUAAAUUAUAUUAUCCUAAGACCUUCUAUUAUCUAUGGGAUAGGUGAUGUCGAUGGAUUGACGCCUAGGCUAAUCGUUGGUGCUGUGUAUAAACAGCUAGGUGAAAAAAUGAAGCUCCUUUGGUCAAAGGACCUCCAAAUGAACACUGUACACGUGAAAGAUGUAGCUCGUGCAAUCUGGUUCCUCUUCGAAAAAGGAGGAAGUGGUGAGAUUUACAACCUUUCUGACAAAAGUGAAUCCACACAGGGCUCAAUAAGUGAUUUGGUGUGCCAAAUUUUCAACAUCUCUUAUGACUUUUUUGGUUCAGUGAUCUCAAAUAUGGCAAAGCUUAAUAUGUCUGGUAUGGUAGAAGAUUCUAACGAAAAACACUUGGCUCCAUGGUCUGAGGCAUGCACUAGGGACAAGAUUGCCAAUACACCUCUAAGCCCAUACUUGGAUCAAGAGCUGCUCUACAAUAACAAUCUCCACAUUGAAGGAUCAAAAAUAGAGUCACUUGGCUUCAAAUAUGAGUACCCCAAUGUUAAAGUGGAGUAUUUACGAGAAAUUGUAGAUGACUAUGUUGAAUUAGGGGUAUUUCCUCCAUCCCUUUCCCAUGAAAAAUGAACAUUGAUGAAUCAAUACAAGUUUGUACACUCAAUGACACCAGAUUCAGUAGGUUCAUAGUUUUUUAUCACUAAUUUGAAUUUUGCUCAUGAUGAAUUAGAAUCUGCUGUUUUUAGGUCCUAGUUUCAAUGUUGAUUGUAUUUGAGAUACCUUCUUGAGGAUUAGAGAACAAUUUAUUUAAAAAAAUAGGUAGAAGGAGGAAGUUAAGAAAAAGUUGAGCGGUUAGACAAAUCUUCUAGAAUAUAUUAGUUUGUAUCCAUCCUUGGCCAUUUUGAAGCUGAAAAAAGUACAUUCAAUGAACUGAACUGAACUAAACUGCUGUAAUGUUGAGUUUAGAACAAAUGGAAAUAAACUUGGGAUGGAUAGUCAUUUCACACUUUGGAAAAGUAUUAAUCAUAUAUUUAAUUUUCAACGCCAUUUUUAUUAUUUAAAUUAUUUUUUGUUUUUUGUCAAAGUUGAGUUGCUAAUUUAGAUUAUAAAGUUCCACAGAUAAUAAAGUUUUGUGAAAUGUUUUUUGAUGGAGAAAA